GUGGUAUCCAACGGUCUGCAUUCUGCUUCGUGCUCCAACAACUUCAGCAGGAACGCACCAUUUUCAGACCAAUUGUUGCAAUAUAGUUAAAAGGGAUAUUUAGAAUACCGAUCCAUGCUUUUAUUCUGACGGCUAUGAUCUUCGCAGUUGUUCUUAUUCCCUGGCGAAGAUCGCUUGGCGGAAAACCCCACGUUUCACCGCGAUCGCGCGUUGCAACGCAAUCAAAACAUCGAUGCUAUAUCCGGGAGCCCAUAACCACAGCUGCCCUGCCACCCUGAAAUGGGCAAACCAACGAUUUGCACCCAACUACAUUGAGUAUAGCAAGACAUUUCCAGGCAAGGGACUUUUGCGCAACGACAGACCUGCACACACGACUCGUGUCUACGAAGAGAGCGGGCUAGGUUUUCCCCCAGACUCCCAAAAGCCACUCAGCCAGUGGCUUCGGUGCACCUGUGGAUCCUCAGUCUAGUGAGACAAACUCAGCAUAGUCUAGCGCCACUCAAGCGCCCUAUGGCAACUCACCGGCCAAUCGCGCAUGUCCAGAUGGAUUAGCGGCCGUGCAGCGCUCAUCUGGGAAGGCCGAAUCGUCCCUCGCGGCCGAAGCGCCCCAAUUGGUUAGCGCGGAGCCUGCCCCGAUGCAUAUUGAACCAACAACCCUCAUCUGGUCAGGCUGCGGUUUUUGCACAGUCCGUAUGAAUCGUUGACGAGUAUCCGUCGCGAAGCUCGAAACUACUGCUCUUCACAUCCGGUACACGCGAAAAAGGAGCAUAAAAAUGGGAGGUUUAUAGAGCUGGUAAUGGUCACGCUUCCCAGUGGCAGCCUCGAUUUUGCGCUAUUGUUCCAGGAUGCGAUUUUUGGAAUCGCGCCCGCUGCGUGCAUUAUUGCGCUGAGCGUUGCUGUUGCGCUGCUUUAAAAAGCUUGGAAAACAGGUGAGGCGCUUAUAUAACGUCGAGGUUAAUUCUUGAGACGGUAAGUCGAAUCAGAAUGGCCGCUGCGUCGCAAGGCUGACCCCAUUCCAGUCCCUCACGGGCAUUCUCGCUCUCCUCCAUGUCGCUUCUAUCGCAGCCUACGCCAAGACUCCUCUCGAUUGGACCCUUCGAACCGAUGCAGCACCAGCAAGCUAUGCUUUGCUCCUUGUUGCAUCGCUCUGCGUUGGUGUCGGUUGGAUCUCCCCGUUCGUGGGUUUGGGACCGUCGCUGACUGUUAUUUGAUCGCUUCUGCCAUCCUCGACGGUAUCCGAGUGCAUUCACUAUGAGUGGCUGCCUUGAAUGAUCAGAUCGCUGCAGUGAUGGCGCUUGCAGCCUUGCAAACCUGCGUGCUCGUGGUUACCGUUACCAUUGUCGUUGUGUGGGAGAUUUUGAUCUCGCGUGAGUUGUCGGCCGACCGUAGCGACGGAACAGUCCAAUUGUAUGAAGAGGCAGCCGGCACACUAUCGAAAAUCUGCCUUGCAUGGGUCAUUCCACUGGCUGCCGCCGCCAAGAAAGUCGGCGUAACAGAGGACACGCUAAAGAGGAUCUCUCUUCACCCUGAUGCGUCCUAUCGUUUGAACGAGAGAGGAGAGGCUCCUUUUACAGACCGGGAGUUCUUUUGGAGGUCCGUUGGUACCAUCAUCAUCUCGACGCUCUUUGCUGCUGCUUUGAGUGGCUUGUCCCUUGUUCAACCUCUCAUUGUCAGCUCCAUUGUGGACUGCCUUGACAAUGAUAACCCUGUGUCCAAAGGUGUCUGGCUUGUUCUUGCAAUGUUUUUUGCGCAGUUCGGACUUGCCAUUCUCCAAUCCCAAACGUAUGCUGUUCUUAACAAAUGGGCCAUGGGGGUCCGAGCCUAUCUCACAGUUCAGAUCGCGUUGCGUUCUUUCCAACCACAACCGCCGUCAUGUGGCUGGGUGGAUGCACGUGGCAAGGCCAUUGUACUCAUCUCCAAAGAUGGUACUGCUGUAAGGAAUGGCAUCAUCAUUAUAACUCGAGUCUUUGUGAGCGUUAUUGUCAUCGCCGUCGGCUCCUUCAUGCUUUGUACGCAAAUCGGAUUGGCGUUUCUCAGCCCAUUGCUUACAGCAUUAGCGUUGACUGCUGUGGCAAUUUGGAUUGGAAAAUAUGCGGCUGGCAGACGCAAGCGGACUUUGGAAGCGACUGACCGAAGAAUUCAGGUCAUGGAAGAGUUUCUGUCUAAUUUCAGGAGCAUCCGUUUUGGAAACCUUCAAAACCAGUUUCUCAAGCGAACGACAGCCGCCCGAGAGGAUGAAAUCGAUGCUGCAGUGUCGUAUCAGAAGUUGGACAGUGUGCUCUCAAUUACUAGUUCGUUCCUUCUGUCAUGUUAAUUCGUCUAACUGUUACAAAACUACACGUUUAGCUCGCAAAGCCGUCAACAACAGUCCACGACGCAUCAUUGUUCCAGUUGGCCUUUGUAUCAAACUCACGCGGGCCGCCAUUGCUCGCUGUGUACACAAACCCAUUGUACACCCGGAAAUAGCGCGCCGCAUAGCCCCAGUUUCGGAACGAGUUGGUUCCUUCACCACUGAAUCCCUGCACAGCACAGUACGUAGCAUCUUCGCGGAACAGCUUCGUGCCGUCAUUCUUGUCGGCCUGUAACUUAAACCCAGAGUGUCUGAUAAAUGUGCCAGCGCGGUCAACCGAUUCAAACGACAAGCAUCCAGCGUUUCCAAGACCCGUGCGCACUCGCCAGCUCGCGGCCUUCUUCUCGUCGGCCGAGUUUCCGUCGGUGACAGUGUGGAUGCUAAUGUUGCCGGCGUGAGGAUCAUGCGCAAGGUAGUUGUUUCCAGAUCUGCCUGCGCGGAACGAGAUGGUUGAUCCAACAGAGACCUUGGGUCCAUCCAUCAACGGCGCAAUGUCAUAGCCAGCGGAAGCAAUGUUGGCCUGGACCGCGUCUUCAAUGGAAUCAUCGGGGUAGCCCUCGGUCAUGCAGCCCUCAUAGAACGUGCCCUGUGACCAAUCACUGUUGUCGCCACCAAUGCCCAGAAUGAUGGCACCUUCACGUUUCAUCGGGUUGUAGCCGUUCUUGGGGCGCUCGCCCUCGAAAUACGUAGACAUGGCGCGAUCAGAGGCCGCAUUAGCGCCACGGAUGGACCAGUGGUUAGGUUCGCCCUUGACUACAGCCGUCACGAAACGAAAUGGAACAGACGGUACACCGGGGUCAUUGCCUUCCUUGCUGCCAGCCCAGAGGCCAUUCUCCAGAUCGGCCAUGAUCCAAGGUCCGUUGCCUUUCCCGUUGCCCAUGCCGUUGAUGUCGCCAAAGUAAAUAGUCUCCAUGUGGCCGUUGCCUGUAUCCAGAGCGUUGGUUUCGGCAUUGCCAUAGUCGAAGCAGCAUUGGUUGUUGGUGUGAGCGCCGUCAAAUACGGCGUAGAUGCCCUGCGGUUCGUCACCAACAGCUGUUCCGUUGACAUCUUCGCGGCGGUAGCCGGUUCCGGGGGACACAAAGACGCCAUAGACCCUGUUGCCGUUUAAGAGAACGGGUGCGCCGACUGCGCUGGCAAUGUUGUCGGUGCCAUUGAGCUCGGGACCCUUGAAGCCGCCUGGGGGAGCACGGCUAAGAUGGUUUCCACGAGGAGACUGGUCGUAGAUCAUGCUGAUACCGCAAGUUGUACCGGCACACCAAGUAUCUUGCCAACCAGAGUCGGCGAUGCCUCCACGAGACUUGGUGUUGAUGUUGGUGGUAGAGCCAUCCGAGUCACGAACGACCUGAUACAAUGGGCCGCUAUAGUUUGCGUACAAGGCACGAGUAGUGCUAUGUGCUGCAACGCAGGGCGUCUCACCAAAUUCGUAAAUGUCACAAGGGAGAGAGUUCUUUGCAAGCGCUGCAGCUGAUACAGUGGCUACCAAGCUGAGAAGAUGGAGAGCCAUGGUUGAGUAUCGUCAACAGAGUGUAUAGCACACCUUGUAUAGCGAAUUCGCGUUUAAUAACAAACAAUAUCACUACACUUAGCGACCAUGCCAACUAUUUCCGCACUCUUUAUACUUGCCCAUUGUCUCCGAACAACAUUGUAUAGCUGUCUACCCCUCACUUACAAUGCAGCCAAAGAGCCGGAUUGCAUCCUGUCGAGGUCCUCAAGCAGGCCAAUGUAACCCUCCUUGAGCCAUAGCUUCGCUCUUUCGGCCGUAAUAUCACCGGUCUGCCAAGCCAACGCCCAUAGCUCCACCGACCAGAUAUAGCUUCGGCCCUUUCUUGCGGUGCAGCAACAGAACCGCCGACUGACUCUACCUGCAAGCUAAUGCUCCGCUAAGGAGCUAGCUUGGCAAGCAAUGCAACAACGCAGACAUGCAAGGCGGGGUAUGUGGGAUUGGCCAUCAGACGGCAAAAAGAGGGAAAACACCACUCCCACUAUGUGUUGAAAUUUCGAGAAAGUUGAAGAUCGAAACCGUAGUUAUAUAAACUCAGCCGUGGCGGGUUCGUCCGACCGGCUCGGAAAA